UGUGAAUUAUUUGCAUAGUUGGCUGCGAUAGUCCUAUUUAACCCCAAACGCAAGUGUUUGACACAUAAAAUCAGUAUUAAACUCGAACAACAACUGUAUAUAUAUUUACUGCAAAGAUAUCUACUAUUGAAAUACCGCUCGGAAUGGGAAACAAAACUUCAAUCACUAAUGACAGGCUUAACAGACCUGAGAAUAGCCACUGAUUUGCAUAAACACAACAAAAUUGUAAUGUGUUGUUACAAUGAUAGAAUAAAAAUGUUAAACUGUUUCUCCGGCGGGAAAUGCGUUGUAAACGUUAACAAUAGGAGAGUUUGCCCCAAAUGUCGACUCAAAAAGUGUUUCUCAUCGGGAAUGAAGACUGAAUUAAUGAGAAGUUUAGCCGAAAAUGAAAAGCGAAAAAAUAAAAGACAAAAACUGAACACAAAUGCCGGGAAUUCAACGCCAAUGAGCGGCGGAUCCAGUGAUGAAUCCCAGGAACAAGUGAUGGCCGAAGAGGUGGUAGAAGUGGUGGACAACGAGAAUGAAUGUCAAGAAAUUGAUAAUUUAAUUCGCGAUCCGUUGAACAUCACCGACGAUGAGCUGUUCCAACAGGUGAUGGACAUCGAGAGUCUGUCCGAUAGUAACGACUUAAUCAAUGGUAUUAAACAACGUAUCGGCAAAUACUCGACACUACCUAUGGUUAGGGUUAUCACGGAUUACGAGGGUAUCAAUCAGUUGGAGAGCCGGCGUAUCGACGACUUGUUGAACGCGUCCAGUGUUUUCAAUUACGUUAUACCCAGCGAUACAACACAACAGCCGGGCUAUAGAUGUGGUAAAUUUCACCAAACGUUUGGAGGGGUUCACAAAGUGCUGCGCCGACGACCAGUUGUCGCUCGUGAAGUACGGCUGCGUUGA